ACAAUAGAAGAGUGAAAAAAUUAUAAAAAAAUAUUUGUGUUGAAAAUAUCCUAAUUAAAAUCGUACAAGCUAUUCUACCGGUCUAGUCUUUAUUCAAUAAAUUCUUUUGCGGGUGUAAAAUUAGAAUUACUUGAAUGUAUAUAACAAUAUUUUUUAAGAUUAAAAAUAGCUGAAAACCCAUUCAAAAAUCAUGCGGGAUAACCAGUUUUUAUAAAAUUUAAAUUCAUGCCAGAGUGCAUUGUAUUUGACGCAAAUCAUAAAUUGAAUUUAUUUUUUAAUUGUUCAACAUAUAAUUAAAGGGCCCAAACCACAAAAGAAAGUUUUCUCACACCAAAUAUGUAUCACUUUAAUAAUCAAUAAAUCACUCUGAGCAAUGCCACUCUAUUUACGACUUACUGGAAUAGGAGCUUUCAAAAUAGAGCUAGACUGUUUAAUUGCACUCUUUGCACUAUAAAAAGCCAGCACCAAAAAGCGGAGGGCAUCAGUUUAGCUCCUCCAGCCGAAGAGUCCGCAACAAUGAACGCCAAGAUCGUCGUCUUCCUGGCCGUGGUGGCCGUCGCCGUCUGCUCCCCCGCCGAGGAGACAACCAAAGACAAGCGCGCCCUCGUCAGUCUCGCUUACCCCGGCGCCGCCGUCGCCGCUCCCCUGGCCUACCCGUACGGAGCAGCCCUCCACCCCUACAGCGCCUACCCCUACAACACCUACCCUUACGCUAACCUUGCCUACCCCUACGCCGGUCUGUCUCGACUUCCUCUGGUCCACAGCUAUACGCGCCUGCUGCCACCAUUCUCGGCUAGAUAUUCAAGUCCUACUGUAAAUGUCGUCCGUUUGUAAAUGAUUUUAUGGGAUAAAUAAAUAUGAGAAUCAAUAUGAAUGAAAUUAAAUUUUAUCCUAUGAAAACGUUCAGGGCGUAAUAAAUUUCAUAAUGCUUAUAAAUAA